AAGAAGCGGUACUUUCGGUUUGAAUUUCCAGUCAUUGAGACGUGUACGGUGCCGCGUUAACUUUACCACACGGACAUUUGUUGUUAAAUAAUACUAAAGUGCAAUAUGAUGAGGAUACAGAAUGGAAUAGUGCUUUUGUUCGCCUGCAACGUAAUGCUGGCUGUCUACGUGUCCGGCAAUAAUAAUAAUAACAAGCAGCAACAACAAAAUCAACAGCAGAAACAAGAAAUCUGGGAACAAGACCUUUCGGACACCUUUAAAAUCGAGGGCAGCGAUCAGGGCAUACAAAAGGUCAACCUGAAGUGCGGUGCCAACUCCAUGAAUGUCAUGCUCGAGACGGAAAAGCCCUUCACGGGAGUGAUGUACACUCGUGGCAGUUUCUACAAGCAGACCCCACCGUGCUUCAUGAAGCCCACAGCCAACCAAGGUGCCCGAUCACUGGAGAUGAACUUCCAACUAGACCAGUGCCAGACUCUGAAGGAUGGUGAUCUCUACACGAACAUUGUGGUAAUUCAGAACGACCCAGAGCUGAUAACACCCGGUGAUUCGGCCUUCUCGCUGGAGUGCGACUUCCGUCAGCCGCGUAGCCUCGAUGUGGAGGCCAGCAUGCAGGCCAGAGAUAGAAACCCACAAAAGUUGCGUGGAGCACGCAGUGGAGCCCGCCAGCGUCAAUAGAACUUUCAACCCACGAACUCCACUCCUAAGUUCUGUACUUCUUCUUCUUCAACUGCAAUCAUUUCCAAAUAGCUGUACAUAAGGUACAAAACGAAAGUACCCCCCUUCUUAUGCACUGUGUUCCCCUCCCUCAAAACUAAACACCCAACGCGUAGCGGCUUACUAACCCUAAAACCAAAUGAAACACAGCAAAGACCAAAAACA